UUCAAAAUUUAAAAAACAAAGAAAAAUCCAUUCUUGACUUUACACGACUCAUUAUAAAAGUAGAUUUCUUUGCCGGGAGAUAAAACAGAGUGAGAGAUGUCAAAUCUUGAUGGCAAUUUUUAACUUUUAAGAUAAUUUUGGUAGUUUUUUUCUAAAAGCCAACAUUUAAGGGUGUAUGAAGAAACCAUAAUUUGAUGAGAUUUCUUUUCAUUUGUUUGAAUGUUAUGGGGAAUCUUACUGAACAGUACUUCUUUGAUUAUUUUGACUUUGUUAUUUCCUUUACGUGUUGGAAGGUUGAUUUCCUUAUUGGGUUCUUGAGAGAUUAAAGUUUUUCCUUUCUACUUUCCUUUUUCUUUUUUUUUUUUUUUCUGGUAGCCCUUUUUCUUUUAUUGAGACUUGAGAGAUUUUCUCUUUUGUCGCUCCCUUUAUUCAUGGAUAUUCGUAUCAACCAUGCUGCAAACGAAGAAAAGCGCAAAAGAGCAGAAAACAUAAAGAUGGCGUUUUGAGAUCUCUCUUUCUGUCUCUACACUUUUAUAGUGAAGGGUUUUGGGGUUCUUUUGUGGUGAGAAAGGUAUAGGACCCACGUGCAAAAUAGCCUGAAGAAAUUAAAAGAAAAAUGCUCUAAUGGGUUUGGCGCCAUUUGUUUUGAUUUUCUAUUGGAAAUUAGUGAAGAAGGAAAUAAGCCAGAAGAGUCGCGUAGAUAUCAAGUACUCUUCCAUUUCUUUAAUCGAUAUUACUUCCUGGAAUCUUCCUCUAUGUAUAAAUGUAAACAAGAAAAGAAUUUUUUUGUUUAUUUCUUUUAUUCGCCCUUUUUUUUUUCUUUUUCUGAACGUCUUCGCUCUGAUAGAUUCUUCUCUGGAUUAAAAGAACAAUGAAUGGCAUGAUAACUUGAUAAGGAAUCUCUUUGUGAUUGUAAAUGACCCUGGUGACUAUGCUUUCAAGCAUAUUGGGACCAUUUUUUGAUCCGGGUCUCCCCUCCUUCCACCAUUUGUGCAGAUUCUGUUUCAGGCAAAUUUUUUCUGGAAAAUGUGCCAAUAACAUCUUGCAUUAUGGGUUGGCUGAGCAAAAUUUUCAAAGGUUCCAACCAUAAAAUCUCAGAAGGGCAAUACCAUGGAAAAUAUGAAAAUGACAAGGAUGCCUGGUCAGAUUAUGAGAAUGAAGAUAUAGAUUGUGCUAUUGCACUUUCCCUUUCAGAAGAAGAUCAGAAAGGGAAAAAUGUGAUUGAUAGUGGAUCUCAUUUGGAGGAAGAUGAACAACUUGCUAGAGCAAUACAAGAAAGUCUGAAUGUUGAGUCUCCUCCUCAUUAUGAUAAUGGAAAUAUGUAUUAUCCUAUACCAUUCCCUUUUUCAACAGGAUUCAGGAUUUGUGCUGGAUGCAAUACUGAGAUUGGUCAUGGGCGGUUUUUGAGUUGCAUGGGUGCAGUUUGGCACCCCGAGUGUUUCCRCUGUCAUGCUUGUAAUCUUCCAAUUUCUGAUUAUGAGUUUUCCAUGCAUGGUAAUUAUCCUUAUCACAAAUCUUGCUACAAGGAAAACUAUCACCCAAAAUGUGAUGUCUGCAAGCACUUUAUUCCAACAAAUUCUCUUGGUCUUAUUGAAUAUAGGGCACAUCCUUUCUGGUUUCAAAAGUAUUGCCCCUCACAUGAAUAUGAUGGGACUCCACGCUGUUGCAGCUGUGAACGGAUGGAGCCAAGAGACACAGGAUAUGUCUCCUUGGAUGAUGGACGGAAACUCUGUCUAGAGUGUCUGGAUUCAGCAAUAAUGGACACUAGUGAAUGUCAACCACUUUACCUGGAUAUACAAGAAUUUUAUGAAGGUUUAAAUAUGCAAGUGAAACAGCAAGUUCCAUUACUCCUUGUUGAAAGACAAGCACUAAAUGAGGCCAUGGAAGGAGAAAAGAAUGGUCAUCAUCAUAUGCCUGAGACUAGAGGGCUUUGCCUAUCAGAAGAACAAACUGUCAGCACUAUUUUAAGGAAGCCAAGAAUUGGGGAAGGGAACCAAAUCAUUGAAAUGACAACUGAGCCGUAUAGACUGACCCGUCGGUGUGAAGUAACAGCCAUUCUUGUCUUGUAUGGCCUGCCUAGAUUGUUGACUGGGUCUAUCUUGGCACAUGAGAUGAUGCAUGCGUGGCUGCGGCUUAAUGGCUACCGCACUCUUAGUCAAGAUGUUGAAGAAGGCAUCUGCCAGGUUCUGGCACAUAUGUGGCUGGAUUCAGAGAUCAUGUCAGGCAGUGGUAGCAGCAUUGCUUCAACUUCAUCAUCUUCCGCUUCAACAUCAUCAAAAAAGGGUAGACGUUCUCAAUUUGAGAUGAAGCUUGGGGAGUAUUUCAAACGCCAAAUUGAAUCUGAUACAUCACCUGCAUACGGAGAUGGUUUCCGAGCUGGUAACAAGGCAGUGCUUAAGUAUGGGCUUAGAAGAACCCUUGACCAUAUUCGAAUGACGGGGGGCUUUCCAUACUGAAGUUUUGAACCUGAUUCUAUCUUUCUUUGCUAUUUCAUUCCACGAGAUUAAGCUUUGGCCCUGUCAUAUUAGAGCCCAGGGCCAAUCCACAUAACGACUCGAAAGUCUAAAGAGGUUAGCAAAAAUUCUGGUUCCAAACAUUCCACUCACAAUCACCCAGAGAUUAGCAAAAAUAUUCAUGAAUACCUAUUUAUUGCCCAGUGCACGAGGCUCCCGUCAAUGAGAAAUUGAGAGUACCUCUUAUUGGCUUAUUAUUGCCAUUUGAUGAUAUUUGUCCACCAAAAGAAAACAAAAAACCACAAGAAAAUAUUUAAUGAAUUAGAUAUUUCCGUUUUAUCCUUCCCCA